GACGCCCCCUGUGAGAGUGUACUGUUGUUGUGCCUUGUCGCUAUGGUGAUAGGAUAGAUGCCCGAGAAGGAGAGCUUGUCCCCGCUGGGGCUACCGUUCCACCACGGCCACUUCUUCCCGGGGCCGCUCCCCGUCGACGGGAGGACCCACGAAGGCCGCUACGUCUGGGAGUCCCCCAGGAUCAUACACCCGCCAUCCCCGACCGCCUUCCACCACCCCCACCCACUGCAUUUGCAUGGACCUCUAACUCAAGAAUUGAUCCAAAAAUCUAUGUUGGGGUCUGGAGGAGGUGACCUGAACCUCCUCCUCAGCCGUAGCCGGUUAGGCCCCGCUGACUACCCACCAUACCGCCUCAACCCAUACAUGGAACUCUAUUCGUCCCUCCACCAUACCAGCCCGACGACGUCCCUGCAUGGGUUAGGCCUGCCUGGAGAAUACCUCACACCAAGAGGUUGCACCUUGACGGAUCUUCAACAGCCACCUUCCACUCUGACCAGUUCUGAAUUACCAUUUCCACUCGACAGCAGUCGAUUGGCCAGCCCUCGCCCCCCUCGACAGUCUAGGAAGAGAGCUCUCUCAGCCUCGCCUUACUCUGAUCUAGAUCUCAACUCAAUGAUAAGGUUUUCGCCAAACUCGCUUGUCUCUAUCGUCAAUGCUUCAAGAAGUUCGAGUGCAGCAAGCGGUUCUUAUGGCCAUCUUUCGGCAGGUACCCUGAGCCCAGCCUUAAGCAUGCACCAUCCCGGAAUGGGGCCUCAUCUUCAGCAAAUACAGGCUCAUCUUCUCAGGUCGAACGGUUUGCUUCCACCGCUGACUCCUCAACCUCCUGGCACUUUCCAACCACUGCAACCGGAAGCCAUUAAAGCUGAGGAGAAGACUGAAGCGAAAGUAGUGAACAAUGAACCUGAAGGAACUAAUAAAAAGUCAUCAAAAGCAGAGAGAACGAUGACUGAAGAAGAGAGCAGGCUUAUGAAGUCUGAACCGGGGGAUUUUGUAGCAACCGAUUGUCAUUGGAAGCAUUGCGGACUUCAAUUUCCAACUCAAAGGAAUCUUGUAAAUCAUAUAAACAAUGAUCACAUAAAUGCAAAUAAGAAGUCAUUUGUGUGUCAGUGGGAGGAUUGCUCAAGAGAUGAAAAGCCGUUCAAGGCUCAGUACAUGCUUGUUGUGCAUAUGAGGAGGCACACAGGAGAAAAGCCUCAUAAGUGUACUUUUGAAGGUUGUCGAAAGGCAUAUUCAAGAUUGGAAAAUUUAAAAACUCACCUGCGGUCACAUACUGGAGAAAAACCAUACACUUGUGAAUAUCCUGGGUGCAGCAAGGCUUUCAGCAAUGCUUCUGACAGGGCAAAGCAUCAAAAUAGAACACAUUCAAAUGAGAAACCGUAUGUUUGCAAAGCGCCUGGUUGUACAAAGAGGUAUACUGAUCCAAGUUCCUUGAGAAAACAUGUCAAGACUGUUCAUGGUCCUGAAUUUUUUGCUAAUAAGAAGCACAAAGGGAUCGGAGGCAGUGGAGAUGGAGGAUCGGAAGAUGGCGGUGGCGGAGUCUCUCCAUCUAGAAGUGAUGAGCCGCUCAGUACGAAGACUGCGAGUGUAUCCAGUCCAAGUAUUAAAUCAGAGGAAACAAAUUCACCCGGUCAUCAAGGAAGCCCUCUUUCUGUCGUCCCGAACUCUUAUGCUUUCUGCGACGAACCAAUCAGUGAUAGCAACAUCAGCGCAGGGAAUCAUCAUGGACUGGAUGAAAAUUGGGCAGAGGAUGCCCAGGACAUGGAUCUUUACGAUCUUCCUGCUGCCUUACAAGCUGUCGUCGGACUGGCACCUCCCCCUCCGGUCGCUAGGCAUAAUAACCUAAGGGCAAAACUGCAAAGUAAACCAUCCCCAGCGCUUCCUCCUCUCCCUGCAAUGCAUGGAAACAGGAGGACGAUUAAUGGUGGUCUUACUGAUAUUAACAAGAGGAUAACAGACUUGAAAAUGGGAGGUGGUAUCAAUACUGAAAUAAGAAGAGAUUCAAAUUCAACAGUCAGUACCUACUAUGGAAGCAUGAAGAGUGAUAUAGAAUCAAGCCGAAGGAGUAGCCAGGUGUCUCAUAGACCUAGUAAUGGAUCAUUGUAUGAUCCCAUAUCAGUCGGUUCCUCGAGGAGAUCAAGUCAACUAAGCACUAAUCUUGUUGUGCAGCACCAAAAUCCUGUUUGGGAUGAUAAUGGAGAGUCGAGAAGAAUGUCAGAACCAUGCCAGGGUACGAACGUCACCUCACCUCCUCCUAGGCCAAGGUCAACACUACCAGCCAUGAAUCCUCUUCCGGAGCCGAAUCAUCCCAAUCAAGAAGUGGUUCUUGACGAAGUUGGAGAGGGAGAACUUGUAGAAAGCAAACUCGUUGUUCUACCUGAUGACAUGGUCAUGUUCUUGGCUAUGAACCAGGUCGCAGAGAACAGUAACCACUCGGGAGGUGGUCACCACGAUGGUGGGCCCGGUUCCCCGAGACUACCCAACGGCAGGAUGACACCUCGGGUGAAUGAGAGACUUACCCCUAGGUCGUGCCAGCUGAGCCCUAGCGUUCAGCAGCCAUGCCAGCAGCAGUUCAAUGCUGUCCCACCUCAGCAGAGGGUUCCUCAGAUUCCUCCUCAAACGAUCAGCGAAGGCCAGCAGAACUAUUUGGUCCUUGAGCCUGCCUGUUACCAGCCCUUGUCGAGUCCUGCUGCUGGGGCAACGGCCCCGUCUCAACACAACCUACCGCAAGGGAACUUGGGAGGUGCGAGGCAGUGCACUUGCCCCGCUCAGCAUCACAUCUGCCAGCAGUUCCAGGCAAACAAUGUUCCUUAUUACCAAGAUCCAAAAGAGGAGCUGUCUGCCACUCAGGUCAGACAGACUGCUUACCAGAGGACUUUAGAGUAUGUUGAACAGUGCCAGAACUGGGCCAAUUCAUCAACUCAGACUACAUGUAACAUGGUUGUUAAUGACAUGACAUCAUCUUUAAAUUCAUUUAUGGAAGAAAAUCGAUACUUUCAAAUGAUACAGUAAAUUAAGUAUAUUUUUUUUAUCUUUAUCUGAGAUAAAAAUAAAAACUGUUUUUCUGUGAAAAAUUUGAUCAAGAUUGAUUUUGUAGUUGUAAUUAUGUAAGGUUCUUGUAAAUGUGCCAUAAUUUAAGAAGACAGUUAUUGUAUAUUAAUGUUUGUUAUUAGGAGUAUCUAUGAAUACAUUGCUCUAAAAAAAAAAUAAAAUAAAAUAAAUAAAUAAAAAAUAAGGGCACACUGUUUAUAUGAAAUAAUAUUUAUUUAAAACCAAAAUUUGUGCUAUUUUGUAUUAAAAUAUAGCAAAAUUAAGAUAAAACAUUUGUGGAGCAAUGAUGAAUCGACAAUUUCAAAAAAUGUUCAACGAGGGAACCAUUUUCAACCAAUUAUCUCCAAACUUCAACUAAGAAAACCAAAAAAAAAAUUAAAUAUUCACAAAAAUGUUAGGAUAUAAAAAAUAUUAUUAUUUCCUUAUGCCUAAACUAGAAAAUAAAAAAUAAAUUAAAUAAUCACCAUUAAGAAAACUACUGAUGCAUUAUUAUUACUACUAAUAGCACUGGAGCCAGGGUUCAAAAAUCGACCUGAUCGCAGGCGAAGGUUUGAUUGUAAAUUACGAAAGUGUAUGUUAUUCUGAGUAAAAAUAACCUAGUCUGCCGUUCCGGAGCUGCUGCUUUCAAAAAUGGCAGCUGAUUUAAAGAAUAUUAGGCCAAUAAUUUGAGGAUUGAAACGGGAAAUCCAUUGCGAAAAAUGUGAGAAAAGUUUCUAUUUUUUUAACUUGUAUAUAUGGGUUUAGACAUGUAAAAAACAAAAUUGCUAGCGUAGGCCACCUUUUUACAGGUAAAAAAGUCAGAUUUUUUCGAUAUUUUUUGGGUUUUUCAUCUAUAACUCCUAAACAAUGCAUCAAAGCGAAAAAUGUGUUCUUUAAUAAAUUAAAGAACGUUAAAUUUUGUGGCAAAUGAGUACAUAAACUUUAAAAUUUGGUUUUGCGGUAAGGUAUAAAACCACGGUCAACCAACUCUGAGUUUUACCAAAUUUGCCAAAAACUGGGACAAAUUACUAUAAUUGGCCCUGUAACUUGGAAAUGAGUUCCCUAAGAGGAAAAAACCAUAGAAUCAAAGUUGUAGAGCAUCAAAUUUCGUGUAUACUCUUUAUCAACUAAUUUAAUGUAGGUCACUUGCUGCGAACAAAAUCGGUAAUCUCCCGAUGGCUAGAAAUUGGUAAUGAAGGUAAACGUGAUUUUCAAUAUUUCAACAGUAUGGGUGUCUAUUCUACUGAGUUAGUUUUGUUUAAAAUCUGUUACAUGCAGUAUAAGCCUCUUUUCCACCUCUCAGCAGCGAAGGAUUUUGAUAAACGAAGUGUCGAAUAAUACCGAAUUUCAUUAAGAAAUAAUGAAUCCCGAUUCGAGAUAUAUAAUUGAUCUACAAUAAAAAUAUCAGUACUCAGUGGACGAAAAAUUUAAUGCUUUAUAAAUUUGAUUCUAUGGGUUUUUCUCCUUAGGGAACUCAUUUCCAAGUUACAGGACCAAUAAUUGUAAUUUGUCCCAGUUUUUGGCAAAUUUGGUAAAACUCAGAGUUGGUUGACUGUGGUUUUAUACCUUAUUUUAAAGUUUAUGUGCUUGUUUGCCGCAAAAUUUAACGUUCUUUAAUUUAUUAAAGAACACAUUUUUCGCUUUGAUGCAUUGUUUAGGAGUUAUAGAUGAAAAACCCAAAAAAUAUCUGACUUUUUUGGCUGUAAAAAAUUUUAUCUUGGUAGCCUGCGUUAGAAAUUUUGUUUUUUACAUGUCUAAACCCAUAUAUACAAGUUAAAAAAAUAGAAACUUUUCUCACAUAUUUCACAAUGGAUUUCCCGUUUCGAUCCUCAAAUUAUUGGCCUAAUAUUCUUUAAAUCAGCUGCCAUUUUUGAAAGCAGCAGCUCCGGAAUGGCAGACAAGGUUUUUUUUACUCAAGAUAACAUACACUUUCGUAAUUUACAAUCAAACUUUCGCCUGCGAUCAGGUCGAUUUUUGGACCCUGGCUCCAGGGCUAUAAUGUCACAUUGUAAUUAAAUUUUAAAUGACAAAUCUAAUUUUAUAACAAAACAAUGAUCACUUUCAUUCUUUAAAUUUUGUUAUGAAUUCAUUCUUGCUCCUCAAAUGUUAUUGUUGUUUUUUUUCAUGGGUGAUGAAUAUUCAGGACAGUCAUUUUUUAUGAAACAUUUUAAUUUUUGCCAACAUUUCAACCCAAACAUGUGGGUCAUCUUCAGGGCGUGGUCUGAGCACUGAGGAUGUUCAAGUACUCAACAGGGUUUUUUUUCAGUUAGUAAAAAAAAUAAAAUUAAUUUGUUUGUGCCAAGGGUUUUUUUUUAUAAGUAAUUAUUAUAAUUAGAAUAUAAAAGUAUAUAUAUUAACGUGUGUGUAUAUCUCCAACUUAAAAGUGUACUACUUUGAUAGUAGAGAGAUUAAUUGAAAUGUGAUAUUUUUUUUGUUUUAUUUUUUUAAAUGGCUCACUUAGUGAACCUUGUGUGAUACUAGGUAAAUAUGUAAUUGGUUAAAUUUCCUUUUAUGUGGAAUUUAGCGCUUAGGUUAUUUAAAUUUAGUAUAGCUCAAGUUAGGAGUUAUAUUAGUGCUGUAUGUUAAAGUUAUUUAUAGAAGCCUAUAUUUAUUGUAUAUGUUUGUAUAAAGGUUGUUAGACCACUAUUCUUGUCUGAAUAUAAAAAAUAAACCCCUCACCGUUGUGUAUAAUUGCCCUUUGUAAAUAAACAUUGUACAUAUGUGACAUAAUUAAAAGUGGUUAUAUAUAAAUUUUGUUACAAAUAAUAUUUUAAAUUUAAAUUUUUAAUAAAUUGUUCAAAAUAUAAUCAGAAUGGAAUUAUCAUUUGAUUUCAGUUUUAAAAAAAAUGGUAUAUAUAAAGAAAAAAAUGUAAAUAUACAUAUAAAUAUUUAUAUAGUCAGUCUUAGUGUUUUAUAUUUUCAUAAUGAAAUUGUACUUUAUAUAAUUACAUUUAAAUAUAGCUUUACAGAGCCCCAUAUUCUUUGUAUUACCAAAAAAUAUUGUUCACAUAUUUUUAGUUUAUGAUCUCCAAGUUGACAAAAGGACAUGUAAAAUAUUUUAAGCUUAAUUAAAAAAAAUAAAAAUAAAUCAUUUCAAAUUUUGCUCAUUUCUUUAUACCCUAAUUAAUACAGUAACUGCAUUUAUAAUAAAUUUUGUUCUGUUGGAAAAUGCUUCAAAUCAAUGACAAACAAAUAAAAUUUGAAGCACAAAUCUUCCUUGUAAACAUAUUUUAAUUUAAAAAAUCUUUAUGGUUAUACUUUCAACGUUUCGGGGUUCUACCCUUGUCAUCAGG